GAAGCCUGUUCUGUACGCAAGUUGUGCCCACCAUCAGAUGAUAUAGCCGACCGACGAAGCAAUAGCAACGAGCGGCCUGGUCACCAUGCUAAUUGGUGUUUGCGGCGGUAUAUGCGCCGGCAAACAUUCUGUCCUCGAGUACCUAGUCCAACGCCACAAUUUUCAAGUUCUUACUCUCUUGAGGACCACAUCGACACCAGCAAUAGAGACUUCCGCAUCUGAAGCCCACGUCUCAUCGACCAAGAGGCACCCUGGCACAACAUUUUCCAAGAUCGAGGACCUCCUCGAUUACACCACCAAAUAUUGGCAAGAAAACUUCGUGACGACCUCAAUCCACGAUGAAUCCAUCCUCGAAGUCCUCUCCCGUCGCCCCUUCUUCAUCCUCGUCCACAUCGACGCCCCCAUCUCCCUUCGCUGGACACGCUUCAAACAAAAAUGCCUCUCCUCCAAUCUCACCCCUCCCACUCUCGAAACGUUCGUCCUCCGCAACGACGAACAUCUCUACGAUCCAUCAACAGGUCUCGCAACCGUAGCCAGCAGAGCACAGAUCAAACUCUUAAACUCCACCACGUCCCUACCCAAACUCUGGGCAUCUCUGGACAGCUUGAACCUGACAGAUCCGAGUCGUAUCCGCCCCGCCUGGGAUCACUAUUUCAUGACCCUAGCUUCCCUCGCCGCAAGAAGAUCAAACUGCAUGCGCAGACAAGUCGGGUGUGUCCUAGUUCGCAAUCGAAGAAUCCUGGCCACGGGGUAUAACGGCACACCCAGAAAUAUCAAGAACUGCGCUGAAGGCGGGUGUCCCCGAUGCAAUGGUACGACUUCUUUACAAGGGACUUCUGGUGGAGCAGAUUUGAGCACGUGUCUGUGCAUUCAUGCCGAGGAGAAUGCUUUGCUGGAAGCAGGACGGGAGAGAGUGGGUGACGGGGGUGUACUCUACUGCAAUACGUGCCCCUGCUUGACAUGUACCAUCAAGAUUGUGCAAGUGGGAAUUACGGAGGUGGUAUAUAGUCAGAGUUACUACAUGGACGCCGAAGCUGCGAAGAUCUUCUUGGAAGCAGGCGUGAAACUGAGGCAGUUUCGUCCACCGAAGGAAGGGCUCGUGGAUCUGGGCAUGAUGUGGGAAGAUCUCGUGAGUAGUGGGAGAGCGCCCAGACGGACGGGGAGAUCGGGAGAUGCAGAAAGUUGGACUCAUGGAGUGUUCACUGUAGAGGAGGAUCAGAGGAAUGUGAAGGAGAAGAUCAAUAGCGGAAUGAACGGGAAGUGA